ACAACAACGCAGUUUGGCAGCCAAUCAACAAACACAUCCUGGCUUGAGUUUUCCCCCUGAUUGGACGCGCGUAAUCGGAGCCCUAAUUCCCUGUCUCUCAGAUUCGAUUGAUCCCACAUUUCGAUCCUCAGAUUCCUGGAUUUGCACUGUUGUGGUAAUUCAAAGGACCACGCGUUCUGGCUCUGGUUUUGAUUCGUAGCCCGCCGCUAACAUUGUAAUCCUUUCGACGAAGAUGAGAUCAACCCAGCUGCAGUUUAAUCAUGUCUCUCAAUGAGAAAUGUUGACUUCGUGUUGUUAUCAAUGAGGAUGGCAAAAGGUCAUUCUCUGAAAAACCCAAUCGCAUUUGUUUGUGUAGUUGUUUCUCUUUGUUGCCUCUUGGUUGUGAUAAUUUCUUUAGCUAAGCUUCCAGAGAUUUCAGGGGAAGACAACCUGACUUCUAAUAGGCUGAAAACAACAGAGAAGGUUUUGGUUGAUGAGAAUGUAGGUCUAUUUGGGAAGAUGAUUAUUGAAAUGCUUCCUGAAGACCUCGCUUUUACAGUCUUUGUUCCUUCUAGGAGAGCCUUUGAGCAUGACUUGAAGUUGAAUGAGAACGACAGUCUAGCCGCUUCAGUACCACUUGGUGAGGAGAUUAGGUAUGACUCAUUGUCGGGAUUCAGUUUAUACACAUCAAAGGAUCCCGAUGGAAUGCUGAUAGUUAACGGAGUUAGGGCAGAGCAUGUGGACCUAAGAAAGGGGAAGAUAGCUGUACAUAUUAUGGAUGGGGUAAUCAUGGAUGCUGAGUUUGAACGAUCGUUUCAGCCAGACGACUCUGAAGAAGAUUGAACAAGAAUUAACAGGUCAGGCCAUACUAACCUCAUGCUGCAAGGAGCUGUGAUUUUUGUUUCAUUAGUUUUAAGUUAUUGUAACUAGUGUAUUAUCUUUUGCUUAUACACAACUCUUAAAAGAGUUGAAACUCAUUUGUCAAAGGUUCAAGCCAUUCUAACUUCAGGCUCAAUUACAGCUGCUUGCAGCUGUGUUCGUUAUAUUCACCAAAAUUCAUAAUUGAUAAAUUCAUCUUAGGCUUUGAUGGGGGCUGGGGAGUGGGUAAGGGUUGGAAUGGUAUAUAAAAUGAAAUUUUAACAUGUUUAAUAAUUUUAUUUUUAAUUUUGAUUUUGAUUUUUUUUUUCUUCUUGUUUGCGCUCUAUCUACUACAAUUUCUGGACUGACUCUCUCCACUUGGGGCGGUGGGGAGAAGGAAAUGGAAGUUAAUUUUUGUUUGAGAUAAAUUGUCCUAAUUUUUGUAAUUUGAAUUAGUUAGAUGAAUUUUUUUUUUUAUAAUUUUAGAGAUCCUUUAAUUUAUUUUUUUGUUGUUUGAACACUACUUCUAUUAGUUUUAAGAAAAAAUGCGUUAAUUAAAUUAAAUUUUAUCUAAUUUUGUCAUAAUCUAUCUCUAAUCACAAUAAAUAAAAAAUAAAAAGAAAAGGAAGGAUGAAGAUGCAGUGUUGCUGGCUGUAGGGUUGGUAAUGCUGCGAGGAAUGGGCAGACAACAGGUAGAAAACAGAACUCUGACCAUCAUCAAUCAAGCACAUCAUUCAGACAUUACUCUUAAAACAACACUAUUUUGAGCUUAUUAUGUAAAUUCAGACAUCAUUAUUUUGCGAUUUACUUAAAUAAUUUGACCUUUGUAUUUAAACAAUUUCUUCUCUCUUGCUCUCUCUCUUCUCUGAUGCAUCUCUCAUUCUCUCUAAUCUAUUCUUCUUUGACGACUAGUUAUCACACAUGUACACACUCUCUAUCCACUCAAAUCCCUGUUGCCAAAACAGUUUAAAACUCUUCAAAAUUGAAUCACAUAAUAGAACUCAUUAGUUUAAUUUAUUGCGUUUUAAGUUCUUAGAAAGACAAAGGCAGCCUUAUUGUUGAUUUGUAGGUUGUCAAUGAUGGAGCCAAUAGUAAAGCAGCUCUCUUUCUUUUUUUCUCAACAAUUCACAACCAACAAGAUUUCAUCAAACUCCAUCGGUCACAAUUGACUUUUUGAAAAUAAAAAACCUUGAGUAAUGCUAUUAGGCCAUCCUCCCACCCUCAAUGCCACCUUCAAUAUAUCGUGACAUAUCGCAAUUUAUCGACUCCAAAAUAUCGCGACAUUUUGAGUGGCCCAAGACCCAGAUUUUGCCUCCUCUCUCUCACUCUUACUCUUAUCUCUCUCUCUCGGGCGACAUUCCCCCUCUCUCUCUCGUUUCGGUCGUCGCUAUCUUUCCCUUCCGGUAGCCCUUGGGUCGUUCCAAACGGUGCUCCCGACAGUGAGGGGCUCGACGACGGUGUUCGCGGUGGUGGUGGGGCGAAGGGGGGCAGUGGCCGGCUAACGGUGCUCUCUCUCUCUCUCUCUCUCUCUCUGUAUCUUUCUAUCUAUUGAUCUCACUCGCCCUCGACCUUGAAGGAGGAACGCGUCGUCGCCGCCACCGCUGCUUACACUCUUAUUGCCCAUACCCGCCCGACCUCAACCUUGAGACAGAAACCCGCCACCGUCGUCUCCAUUGCUCCGAUCUACAAGGAGGUAGGUCUCUCUCACAAUGAUUUUCAGCACAUCCAUCAUAUAUACGUAUAUACAUAUUUUUUGGGUUUGACCGAAACUUUAAGCUUAGGCUUAGAUCUACGGAGUUUCGGCCGUUGGAUUUUACUGGUUUUUGGGUAUGUUGGUUGAUGGGCCCUUGGGUGUCGGGUGGUUGCCUCUGAUCACCGGAAAACACCGGCGACGGUGGCCUGUGGCGACUGACAGUGCAUUUUUAAGUUGUGGCGAAAAAUUAAAAAUCAGAUCUACUAAAAUCUAACCGUUAAAUUUGAUCCAUUUUUUUGCAUGUUAAUCCUAUUGACUUUGUGUUUCUAA